AUGGCUAAGAGUUGCUUCAAGCAAGAACAUGAUCAUGAGAAGAGAAAAGCCGAGGCUGCCAGGAUUAGGGAGAAAUACCCAGAUAGAAUUCCGGUCAUUGUAGAGAAGGCAGAGAGAAGCGAAAUACCAAACAUAGAUAAGAAAAAGUACCUUGUCCCAGCUGACUUGACUGUUGGACAGUUUGUUUAUGUUAUCCGAAAGAGAAUCAAAUUGAGCGCUGAGAAGGCAAUCUUUAUAUUCGUCGACAAUGUCCUCCCACCAACCGGUGCCAUCAUGUCUUCAAUAUAUGAAGAGAAGAAGGAUGAAGACGGGUUUCUGUACGUCACUUACAGCGGCGAGAACACUUUUGGGACGAAGAUUCAGCAUUAG